ACGCGCGGCGCGGAGGCGGCCGCCGGGCGGAGGUACGGGCGCCCGGCUCCUGGCUCGGCAGAGGGGCCCCGGCAGGCAGCGAGGCCGGCUGGCGGUGGCGCCUCGCGCCCCGCGCCCCGCGCCCCGCGCCCUUCCCGCCAGGUCUGCCAUGCAGGGUCCCGCUGGGAAUGCGAGCCGCGGCCUGCCGGGUGGGCCGCCCUCCACAGUCGCGUCCGGGGCGGGCCGCUGCGAAAGCGGAGCGCUCAUGCACAGUUUCGGCAUCUUCCUGCAGGGGCUGCUCGGCGUCGUGGCCUUCAGCACGUUAAUGCUUAAACGCUUCAGAGAACCAAAGCAUGAAAGACGUCCAUGGAGGAUAUGGUUUUUAGACACUUCCAAACAAGCCAUAGGAAUGCUGUUCAUCCACUUUGCAAAUGUAUACCUAGCAGAUCUCACUGAAGAGGACCCUUGUUCACUGUACCUCAUCAACUUCCUCCUGGAUGCCACUGUGGGCAUGCUGCUCAUCUAUGUGGGGGUGCGUGCCGUCAGUGUCCUAGUGGAAUGGCAGCAGUGGGAGUCCCUGCGCUUUGGCGAAUAUGGAGACCCUCUGCAGUGUGGAGCCUGGGUCGGGCAGUGUGCUCUUUACAUCGUGAUCAUGAUUUUUGAAAAGUCUGUCGUCUUCAUCGUCCUUCUAAUACUUCAGUGGAAAAAGGUGGCCCUCCUGAAUCCCAUUGAAAACCCAGACUUGAAACUGGCCAUCGUCAUGCUGAUCGUGCCCUUCUUUGUCAACGCUUUCAUGUUUUGGGUAGUGGACAAUUUCCUCAUGAGAAAGGGGAAGACGAAAGCUAAACUAGAAGAAAGGGGAGCCAACCAGGACUCAAGGAACGGAAGCAAGGUCCGUUACCGGAGAGCUGCAUCUCACGAGGAGUCUGAAUCUGAGAUCCUGAUCUCAGCUGACGACGAGAUGGAGGAGUCCGACAUGGAGGAGGACCUCCGCAGACUAACCCCCCUCAAGCCCAUGAAGAAAAAGAAGCACCGCUUCGGGCUGCCUGUAUGACACAUUCCCAUGCUGGGGGUGAUGGGCUGGGCCCAGCUGGCCACCGGGGUACAGAGGUCACCCCGCAGCAUCGUUCCUUCCCUCCUUUCUCUGCCCUUCCUCUUCUACCUCUACUCCUCUUGCUGUCUUUGCCCGCUCUCUACCCACUCCCAGACUACUGUGACUUAAAGAGGGAAGAGGAACCAGCGCCCAAGGGGUCUGCAGGUGGCUGGAGGUCCCCACUAAGUUGCACUACAAACACUGACCAAAUAUGCAAGGAAGGAGUUUUGUUUGUUUUGUCCUGAGCAGGUUGUGAGGGACCUGAGGCCCCUGCCCUGUGUCUGACUGGGUGGCAGGUGGAAGAAAACACAGGCACACAUAGAGUGCAGGUGGCUCCUCUCACCGAGGCUGCGAGGAGUGUGAAUUUGGGGCUGAAAGUCACUCACUGACCAAGUUGGAACUGAAUGCUUUCUUAUUCGAAAUGGCUUUUGUAACUAUUGAUUUCUGAAGCCAGUUUUAUGAGCUGUGACAGUGUUACUGGUUUUUGAGUAUGUGUUUAUUUCCUACAAAGUACCUGUGGGACUAAUGGGCAAAACAGAGAUUUUUAAGUCUUCCGUA